AUGGCUGAGGCGAACUCGUACGAGGAGCAGCGCAGGAGGCAGGUGGAGGAGAACAAGCGGAAGCUGGAGGAGCUGCGCCUGCACCACCUCUCCGCCGCCGUCCGCGAGGCCGCCGUCAAGCCCAAGCUGAAGAGGAAGGCCCCGAAGCCGCGGGACGCCGCCGAUGACGCCCCGCCCCGGCGUUCCGGCCGUAUCGCCACCCUCCCCGAGCAGCCCGACUAUCGCGACAAUGUAAAGCUGGGCACCGGGAAACCACGGCAGCAGAAGGAAGUAAAGCCUGAUCAUGCGUACGCCAUCGCCAAGGCCGAAGAGCUACAGGAUGAGCUAGGCUCCGACUACCCGACCUUUGUCAAACCCAUGCCACAGUCUCUUACCUCGCUGCAUAUCCCGGCACAGUUCAGCAUGGAGCAUCUCCCGGACAAUGGCAUGAGAAUGGUUUUGGUGGAUGAGGAGGAGGAGGAGUUUAAGGUGAGCUAUCGUCCACACAGUAGCAGUCUUGUCGCCGGGUGGAGCGAGUUUGCCAUCGACAAUGAGCUAGUUGAAGGUGAUUGCUUGGUGUUCCAGCUGAUCAAGAGGGCAUUGUUCAAGGUCUACAUAUUCAGGGCAAGUUCGUACUAUGAAAAUGAGCAUUAA